AUGGCCCAUGCUUGCAGCGCAUUUCCCUCGGUUGUCUGUAAUACCGUGCCAACGAACGACCAGGGCGACGCCGUGAACGACGAGCAGGCGGUCACGGUCACGAAGAUGAGUACAAAGGGAAAGGGAUGCGACUGGGAGCUACUGGAGUGGGACGUUUUCAGCUUUGGCUACAAUGUGCUGGGCCUUCCCGAGGACAUCGCGAGACCAGCGCCGCCCUCCGAGAGCGUCGAACGCACAAGCCCGCGCACCGUCCGGGUGCUCCUGAUGCCCGCGCUCGUACUGAUCAGAAACCUCGAGUCGCCGGAGGACUUGGUGAAGGCUUGGGUGGAUUGCUAUCGAUGUAGUUUCCGGCUCUGGAUGCACGGAGUCAAAGACACCGACAUCAAUUUGGACAACAUGAUGCGCGACCCCAUCUCGAAGCGAGGGAUACUGUGCAGCUGUGACUUGGCUCGGAAUCCAUACGAUGCCUCCAGUGCCACUAAACAAGAGCAUUCGGGCACCGUUCCUUUCAUGGCUUGUGCCCUUUUGACGAAGAAUUAUCGCGCUGAUCAGGCUACCCGCCUCUACUGCCACGAUCUUGAAUCAUGCAUAUGGGUUCUGGCCUAUGCAUUGCUGUCGGAUGCGGCUCCUGACGUCAAAGUCUGGGACACGGUAUAA